UGUGGCUGGGCCCCAACAGUCCAAAAAAGCAAACGGGCUGCCACCUCCGAGGGGCUUGUUCUGUGCGAGGUGCUCGCCCUGUAUCUGCCAUGCAAAACGAGGGAGCUUUAUGAAGGAAUCCGUCUUGUAAAGCCAUUGGUCCUGGUCAUCAGCCUCUACCCAAUGCUUUCGUGAUGCUGCCGCUGAUCUAUUUGGGAAGUUGGCUGGCUGGUGAGGCAGAGCCUCUCCUCAAAGCCUGGCUCCCACGGAAAAUAUGCUCAGUGCAGCCAAGUCCAUGAAUGAAAACGCCGCCGGGCGCUUCUAGUCGGGCAAGAUGCAGCCGAGAACUCCGCUCCUUCUGUGCGUUCUCCUGUCCCAGGUGCUGCUGCUAACAUCUGCAGAAGAUUUGGACUGUGCGCCUGGAUUUCAGCAGAAAGUGUUCCAUAUCAAUCAGCCAGCUCAGUUCAUCGAGGACCAGGUGAUUCUAAACUUGACCUUCAGUGACUGCAAGGGAAACAACAAGCUACACUAUGAGGUCUCAAGCCCAUACUUCAAGGUGAACAAUGAUGGCAGCUUAGUUGCCCUGAAAAACAUAACUGCGGUAGGCAAGACUCUGUUCAUCCAUGCCCGGACUCCCCAUGUAGAAGACAUGGCAGAACUCGUGAUUGUCGGGGGGAAAGACAUCCAGGGCUCCUUGCAGGAUAUAUUUAAAUUUGCGAGAACUUCUCCUGUUCCAAGACAAAAGAGGUCCAUUGUGGUAUCUCCCAUUUUAAUUCCAGAGAAUCAGAGACAACCUUUCCCAAGAGAUGUUGGCAAGGUAGUCGAUAGUGACAGACCGGAAGGGUCCAAGUUCCGGCUCACUGGAAAGGGAGUGGAUCAAGAGCCUAAAGGAAUUUUCAGAAUCAAUGAGAACACAGGUAGCGUCUCCGUGACACGGACCUUGGACAGAGAAACGAUCGCUACUUAUCAGCUGUUUGUGGAGACCACUGAUGUCAAUGGCAAAACUCUCGAGGGGCCAGUUCCUCUGGAAGUCAUUGUGAUUGACCAGAAUGACAACAGACCCAUCUUUCGAGAAGGCCCCUACAUUGGCCAUGUCAUGGAAGGAUCGCCAACAGGGACCACGGUGUUGCGGAUGACAGCCUUUGAUGCGGACGACCCGGCCACAGAUAAUGCCCUCCUGCGGUACAAUAUCCGACAACAGACACCUGACAAGCCGUCUCCAAACAUGUUCUACAUCGAUCCUGAAAAAGGGGACAUCGUCACUGUCGUGUCACCUGCCUUGCUGGACCGGGAGACUCUGGAAAAUCCCAAGUAUGAAUUGAUCAUCGAGGCUCAAGACAUGGCUGGACUGGAUGUUGGCUUAACAGGCACGGCCACGGCGACAAUCAUGAUCGAUGACAAAAAUGAUCACUCACCAAAAUUCACCAGGAAAGAGUUUCAAGCCACUGUCGAGGAAGGAGUUGUGGGGGUUAUUGUCAACUUGACAGUUGAAGACAAGGACGACCCCUCCACAGGCGCGUGGAGGGCGGCCUACACCAUCAUCAACGGAAACCCUGGCCAGAGCUUCGAGAUCCACACCAACCCUCAGACCAACGAGGGGAUGCUAUCCGUGGUCAAACCCCUGGACUACGAGAUUUCUGCCUUUCACACCCUGCUAAUCAAAGUGGAAAAUGAGGACCCGCUGGUACCCGACGUCUCCUACGGCCCCAGCUCCACGGCCACCGUCCACAUCACCGUCCUGGAUGUCAACGAGGGUCCGGUUUUCUACCCAGACCCCAUGACGGUGACCAGGCAGGAGAACAUCUCUGUGGGCAGCGUGCUCCUGACCGUGAACGCCACGGACCCCGAUUCCCUGCAGCAUCAAACCAUCAG